CCGGUUCCACCGGCUCCACGCUACCCGGAGUGCCCGCAGAUUUCCAGUCUCUGUCCACCGGCGAGGACGGGGCUUGGCACGGGGACCUGAACAUGCAGUUCUGUGACGCUGGAGGGAUGUGGGAACAGGCGGAGAGGCCGAUUGGCUCGGUUGAAGGGUUGACUGGGGCCGGCACGAUGGUGGAUAACAAACUGGCCUUUGCGAGUGCCCUGAACCGCUCAGCUAACAGUGCUGACCGGCGAAGAAGAAUUGUCACCGACAAAGAGUCUGCAGACAUCAUGAGUAGUAAAUUUGGUUUGGUGAACUACAGCUCAAGGAAGCACAUUUCUAUAACUGUGCCGUCAUCCACAGAGGUGAUGUCACCUCAUAUCAAAUCUGUGGAAGAGUUGAGAGUGCUGGGCAUCAACCUCAGCAGCUUCAACACACCAACACAGUUCUUCAUUUGUGUGGCUGGAGUCUUCCUCUUUUACCUUGUCUACGGCUACCUGCAGGAGCUGAUAUUCUCAGUGGAGGGGUUUAAACCAUUCGGCUGGUAUCUGACUUUAGUGCAGUUUGGAUUUUACUCUUUGUUUGGUCUGGUGGAGUUACAGCUCACGCAGGAUAAGAGGAGGAGGAUACCCUGCAAAACGUACAUGAUCAUUGCAUUUUUAACAGUUGGGACCAUGGGCCUGUCCAAUACUUCUCUGGGCUACUUAAACUAUCCUACACAAGUCAUCUUUAAGUGCUGCAAACUCAUUCCUGUUAUGAUUGGAGGAGUCUUCAUACAAGGCAAACGCUAUAAUGUGGCGGAUGUGUCUGCUGCUCUUUGCAUGAGUCUGGGGCUGAUCUGGUUCACACUGGCAGACAGUAAGAUUGCGCCAAACUUCAACGUAACAGGGGUCAUCCUCAUAUCUCUGGCCCUCUGUGCGGAUGCUGCUAUUGGGAAUGUGCAGGAGAAAGCCAUGAAAUUCCAUAAUGGAACUAACUCCGAGAUGGUCUUAUACUCUUAUUCCAUUGGCUUUGUGUAUAUUCUGUUGGGUCUGCUGUGUGUUGGGGGGCUUGAACCUGCCGCCUCAUUCUGCUCUCAGCAUCCAGUGACGACAUACGGUUACGCGUUCUUCUUUUCGCUGACGGGAUAUUUUGGCAUUUCAUUUGUACUGGCGUUAAUAAAGCUGUUUGGUGCACUGGUUGCUGUUACAGUGACUACAGGAAGGAAAGCCAUGACCAUUGUUCUGUCCUUUCUGUUCUUUUCAAAGCCUUUCACUUUUCAGUACGUGUGGGGAGGUCUGCUGGUGCUGUUUGGCAUCUUCCUGAGCGUCUACAGUAAGAACAGAGACAAAAUGAAGCUCCCUUCAUUUGCGGAGCUCAGAAAACGAGUGCUCAGUGGCAGAAAGGUCCGUCUUCUGUCUCAGAACGUGUAGGAGGAUGAACUGUAAAGUGUUCAUGAUGGCUUUCUCAUCCGUCCGAAAUCUGGUGGUGCUCUGUUGUGGUCUGGAGCCCAAGUGGAUACAAACAGCCACACAUAGCCGUGUCUGGACUCGUGGCCUUUGAGGACCUGUUUGAAUCAAAGGGACUAUAAACUAGAGCCAAAAACAUAAUGAUUUGCACUGGACAAUGGUUUCAAUGGUUGAAACUGGUUUCAGGAGAAUAUAUUCUUUUUUUUACUAAUCAUGUUGGAAUGAAUGUUGGCUUAACGGAGCAAUUGACAUUUUAAAUGAACUUCUCACCAGCAUGUGCAACAAAAUACUGGUAAUGCUCGACGCACAAGUCAGGACUCUGUGUUUUCAGUAAAUUGUGAUUGUACAGGGAAAACAAAAUGGAUGAUUUUUUUUGUUUUAAGGGCUGACGUUCGGAAGUGGAUAGACUUAUCAGCUGCCAUAUUUGCUAAGCAUUUGUUUGGUGAAUGGGUGGCUGUUUUUACAUUAAAAACAAACUGAGAAGUUGAUUCAGAUUGUUUGGACUGUUUUCAUGAAUAAUGGUGUCUCUUAUCCAUUGGCACAAGCACGGAGAGUUGAAUGCCUGCCAAGCUCUUCCUCAGAUGUGUCACCCCGAAUCGCCCAGGGCCUGUUUGAUUAGUAAUCCUGGACGAAGAUAGCACUAGAUAGAAAACAAACAUUGUGCACAGGGCUUGGCUUUAGGCCUCAUUUAUGAGUAGAACAUCAAAUGUGUGUGUGCACGUGUGUUUGUGUAUGUGUGCCAAGUGUGACAUUUUCAAAGCAUGAGGGAGAUGAUUAUUGUACAGUUGUUGCCACCUCUCCCUUUACACUCGCUGCCAGUUAGCAAACAGCAUUAGCAGAGAUAGCCGAGCAUACAGAGGACUAGCUGCCAUUUGACUGACUUUUUAUUUUUCCUUUAUUUGAAACCCUAGACAUAGUUUACAACUUGAAGUGAUAGUUCACCCCACAAUGAAAAUUCUCAUCAUUUACUCACCCUCAUGCCAUCCCAGAUGUGUGACUUUCUUUUUUCUGUAAAAUACAAAUUAAAAUUGUUAGAAGAGUAUUUCAGCCCUGUAGGUCCGUACAAUGCAAGUGAAUGUGUGCCAACAUUUUAAAGCUCCAAAAUCCAGUGUUUUAAUCAUAUCUUCAGAAUUGAUAUUAUAGAUUUGUGUGAAAAACAGAUCAAUAUUUAAGUCCUUUUAUAGCUAGAAAUUCAUCUCCCUGCCCAGUAGAUGGCGAUGUGCAUGAAGAAUGUGAAAGUUAAAAUGGGGAUUGACUAAGCGAGGAGAAUUUAUAGUAAAAAAAGGACUUAAAUAUUGAUCUGUUUCUCACCAACCUAUCAAAUUACUUCUGAAGACAUGGAUUAAACCAAUGGAGUCACAUGGAUUAGGCUACGUUUUAUGCUGAUUUAUGUGAUUUGUUUUGGAGCUGAGAAAUGUUUCUAAAAAUCUUUAUUUGAGUUCAGCAGAUGAGAGUAAGUCAUAAAAAUCUGGGAUGGCAUAAGGGUGAGUAUAUGAUGAGAGAAUUUUCAUUUUGGGGUGAACUAUUCCUGUAAAUUCCUUACCAUACACAAAUAUCACAAAGAAUGCCACAGUUAUCAAAAUUAAGCUUUCUUAGCCUAAAAUCAGUUUGGGUUUUUGUGUGGCAAGACCGUGACAUCAUCAUUCUGUGUCUGUCUUGUGUUUCGUUUUCUGUCUUUGUGUGAGCGCACGGCUUCGGUUGUGAUUUCCCUGCCGUGCACUCUUCAAUUAGUCUCAUGUUUCAUGUUCGAAGCAUGGUGUCUGGAUCCUGACUCCCUGUCUGUUUCGGUUGGUGUCGGGAUACGGACACGCAUGCUCCAUGUUCUGUCUUCUAAUGGCGUGAGUGCAUUGCGCUUAUGUCAUCUUGGAGGCAUGCACUCCAAUUGUUUAUGUCUGUCCCUUGCAAUCACGGACACGCUUCGCAU